CUUUUCUCUCUCUGACAGUUGUUUCUCUCUCCUCUCAAACCGAUUGUGAAUUGGAGAGAGAGUGAUACAUACAAUAUAGACAUAAACACACACUGGUUGGAAUCUGAACAACGCAGUUUCUUUCUCCCUAGCUAGGGUUUCCUUCGAUCUAGGGUUCCAAUCACUUUCUCUCUCUUCUGCUGUCUUCACUGUUUGAAGAUCCGAUUCGAUUGCUUCUCUCUCGUUAUCUGUAUAUAUCUCUCCUGUCUUGGCUCGAGAUCGGGGCCAAGCGCACAACAACCUGUCCCAGAGAUCUCUCUUCAACUUCAGCGGCCGGUUAGGGCUUUGGAGUCGGAUCACACUCACUGGUUCUCUCUCUACUCCCAAGUGCAGAGAGGAUUUGUGAGUGUAAAAUGGCGUCGAGGGAGGGGUUUUUGACGGAGGAGCAGCGGGAAGUACUGAAAAUAGCGACAGAGUAUGCGGAUGUUUUGUCGUCGUCACCAAAAUCACAGACUCCGAAAUCGCCUACUACGUCUAUGCUUUCUGAACAUCACAUCAAAGCUCCUGCUGGUGGGAAAGCCGCUACAGCUGGGAUUGCUGUGAGGCAUGUGCGUCGUACUCAUUCUGGGAAGCUCGUGCGCGUGAAGAAGGAUGGUGCUGGUGGCAAGGGCACCUGGGGGAAAUUACUUGACACUGAUGGUGAAUCUUGUAUUGAUCGAAAUGAUCCAAACUAUGACAGCGGGGAGGAACCAUAUCAGCUCGUUGGGGCGGCUGUUUGUGACCCCUUGGAUGAAUACAAGAAAGCUGUGGUUUCUAUUAUAGAGGAAUACUUCAGCAAUGGCGAUGUGGAAUUGGCAGCAUCUGAUCUCAGAGAAUUGGGUUCUAGCGAAUAUCUUCCAUAUUUUGUAAAAAGGCUUGUUUCCAUGGCCAUGGACAGGCAUGACAAAGAAAAGGAAAUGGCUUCAGUUCUCUUGUCGGCUCUCUAUGCUGAUGUUAUCGGCUCAGUUCAGAUUAGCCAGGGGUUUGUCAUGCUCCUUGAGGCUGCUGAUGACCUUGCUGUGGACAUACUGGACACAGUGGACAUCCUUGCUUUGUUUAUUGCUCGUGCUGUGGUAGAUGACAUUCUCCCUCCAGCUUUCCUCACCAGGGCAAAGAAAAUGCUCCCGGAAACCUCCAAGGGAUUGCAAGUUAUCCAAACAGCUGAGAAGAGCUAUCUCUCGGCUCCGCACCAUGCUGAACUUGUUGAGCGGCGAUGGGGCGGUAGCACCCACAUUACAGUCGAGGAAGUAAAGAAAAAGAUAGCUGAUCUUUUGAGGGAAUAUGUGGAGAGUGGAGACACUUCUGAGGCCUGUAGGUGCAUACGGGAGUUGGGUGUUUCAUUCUUUCAUCAUGAGGUUGUGAAAAGGGCUUUGGUUCUUGCCAUGGAGAUCCAAAUAGCAGAACCACUCAUACUGAAGUUGUUGAAGGAAGCAUCGGUGGAAGGCCUCAUAAGUUCCAGUCAAAUGGUUAAAGGGUUUGCACGAUUGGCUGAGUGCCUUGAAGACCUUGCUCUCGACAUACCGUCUGCAAAAACGUCGUUUCAAUCUUUGGUCCCCCAGGCAAUCUCUGAAGGUUGGCUUGAUGAGUCAUUUUUCAAGUCCUCAGGUGAAAAUGGAGAGGUAGAAGACAAGGAUGAUGAUAAAAUUAGACGAUAUAAGGAGGAAAUUGUGACAAUAAUUCAUGAGUAUUUUCUCUCGGAUGACAUUCCUGAACUCAUCCGAAGCCUUGAAGAUCUUGGGUUGCCCGAGUUUAACCCAGUUUUCUUGAAGAAGCUGAUCACCCUUGCCAUGGACAGGAAGAACAGAGAGAAAGAGAUGGCUUCUGUUCUGCUAUCAGCGCUUCAUAUCGAGAUCUUCUCAACUGAAGAUAUAGUUAACGGUUUUAUCAUGCUUCUGGAAUCUGCUGAAGAUACAGCACUCGACAUUCUGGACGCGUCAAAUGAACUUGCUCUUUUCCUCGCCAGGGCUGUGAUCGAUGAUGUCUUGGCUCCGCUAAAUUUGGAAGAGAUAGGAAGCAAGUUGCCGUCAAAUUGCAGUGGCAGCGAGACGGUACACAUGGCUCGUUCACUUGUAGCCGCACGUCACGCAGGUGAGAGGAUCCUGCGGUGCUGGGGUGGCGGAACCGGCUGGGCCGUGGAGGAUGCAAAGGAUAAGAUACAGAAGCUUCUAGAAGAAUAUGAGAGUGGCUGUGUUGUGAGUGAAGCUUGCCAGUGCAUUCGUGAUCUUGGAAUGCCUUUCUUCAACCACGAGGUUGUGAAGAAAGCUUUGGUUAUGGCUAUGGAGAAGAAGAAUGAUAGGAUGCUGGAUCUGCUGCAGGAAUGCUUCGGCGAAGGGCUGAUCACAAUCAAUCAAAUGACAAAGGGAUUUGCGAGAAUCAAGGAUGGGCUCGAUGAUCUGGCUCUCGACAUUCCUAAUGCAGAGGAGAAGUACAACUUCUAUGUAGAGUUUGGCAAGAAGAAAGGGUGGCUCCUCCCUUCUUUCGGUUCCGUUGCAGCAGCAGCAGAUACUUUACUGACAAUUCCGGCAGCUGCAGCUUCUUGAGAAGAACAUGAUAUUUCGAUUUGUUUCUCUCUCAUGUAUGUUGUUACUCAUUUAUACCCUAUUGUACUCUUUUUUAAACUUGUGUUUUUGACUUAGAGAUGUGGAUAGAAAUGGGACAUUUGAAGUCCUUGGGAUGUUUUUCUUUCUUAAUGGGUGGUUUAAUAGCGAUCAAGAAUGUAUAAAGUUGGUAUUUGGUUCAGUUCACAUAUAACAAGUUAGGGUUAUGAUAUUAGUUGUUGUCACAUGCAUGAUAAUAGUAGCUACAUUUUUUUUGCCUCCCA